CAAGAGUAGCCCACCUAACUGUAGUGUUGCAGUGUUUAGUCUUAGAGACUAUUUCCUGUUCUCUUGAGAUGUCUUUUAUGAGUUCACUACAGGCAGUCUUACUGCAGCUGCUGUCAUGGAGCUAAACAUUUGCUAUACUGUCGCAUACAAAAGCAGUUAAGCUGUUUGGAAUUGUUUACUUGCUAAAACCAGUGUUAGUCAGCAGAGGCAGUGCACCAGAUUUCCUUGUGGCUUUUAGUGGAAAAUGUUAAAAGCGCACUUAUUUUUCAGUUAUAGAAUUUUUCAGUUUGAUCUGGAUUAGUCACAGAACUGGCAUGAACCUUCUAAUUGUGAAGGCUGUCCAAAUGUACUAUUUUUUUCUCCUGCUAGAGGAAGUUACAUCCUGAGCAGUUGCUGAGCUCUCUGGUAAGUGUAACAUGUGAGCAUUACUAGGCAUUUCAUCCUGCGGGGCUGCAGUCUUGGCUCUUCAGGCUGUUGCUUAGUUGAAAUGCUUCUGCAGGACCGAUCCUGAGGUUGUGUAGCUAUUUCUCAAGGGCCUGCUCGUUUGCGGAUAUCGGCGGCAUUUUGCAAGAUCAUCUGAGGAACAGGAAAGCAUUUGAAAUCAACUGAAGGAUAACUGUAGCGGUUUUCGCCGGGGAAGGAACUAUAUUGGCACAGAGGCAGAUGACUGAAUAAAGUAGUUGGCUCCGAGAGGAUGCACAGUCUGCUGCUUUUCCUCUGAAUGAAGACUGUUUAAUGGAAGCUGUAUUCAUGGAGAGAUCAAAGGAAAUACUACAGUGAUAAACUACUUUCUUCCCUUCUCCUUUAAAAUGAAAACCCUGAAGCAGUAAUUGGAGCUCAAAGGUCUUCAGAUUCUUUUGCUGUCUGCUUGUUCUAUUAAGAUUCUCCACUGACACCAUUUCUGCCUGGUGCCUGUGCCUUUUUUGCUGGGCUGCUAGAAACAACUGCCUGAUGGAGAAAGAAUGAGAGCUUUGCCUUGCCUGUUACUGAUGGGAUAAAGCUAGCUCUGUUUCGCCUAUUAUCUGAAGUCUGGAUUAAUCGACUUGUAUUCUCGUACCAGUAGUCCUAUGGUCUCUUGCGAUCUGACUCAUCACAUGCUAAUGUGCUGCAGCUUUGCUGUUAGUGCAGAUGGGUCGUUUGUUCUCCUUCUGUCUUCUCUUUCUUUCCUAAACACAGAAAGCACUGACAGCGCCUGAGCUUCGUUUUCAGGAUUUAGGCUAGAUUUUAUGUGUUUUUGUUUGUUUGUUCCCUGAAUAAUAUCUGUAUUAAGUCAGUGAAGCUGAAGAAAUGAAGACCAAUUAGAAGUGGAAACAGAAUAGUGAGAUUCUGGUUUUAAUUUUCAGCUACAGACCGCCCAGCCUUCUGGUAACUAUAUGACCUUGCAGACGAGAGUGGGGAUAUCUGCUGCUACCUCUGUCACAGCAGCUGUUUCUCAUUUCAUUCUUUAUGGCGUGAUGGUGUGUCACCCAAAACAAUGAUUGUUUUGUACAAGUAAAUUUCAGAGCUCAAUGUAACUAUUUUGCUGGAAGAAAAUAUUUUUUAAAAGAAUAGUCCUAGACGGAGUUUUAAUUAUUGACAUGUUGAUGUGAACCUUUUUAGAGAUUGUAGUAACCUGCAGAAAGAAGUAGGUUUUUAUUUUUAGGAAGUUAUAUACCAUAAUUUUAAACUUAAGUUUCUCUAAUAUUACUAACUAUAAAACCAACGGCACUGUUCGGAGAAUGUUUAUAAGUGGUGUACAGAAGAGGAGGAGAAACUGCUUGUGCUCGUCCCACUGUGACUUUUAUCACAUAGCUUGGAGUUCAAUGUUUUAAAAGAGCGAAUGAGUCGAGUGUGUAUUGUUGUUUUGGAGGAGGUAGAAGAUGAUUCUCCUGUAUUCAUUUCUAAGUUGCCCCAGGACAGUACAUGUCUACAACCUCCACCUUCUGGAACUGUGUUGCCAUCACUGGUGCAAGCUAUAUUUAAUGGUGAUCCAGAUGAAGUUCGAGCACUAAUAUUUAAGAAAGAAGAUGUUAACUUUCAGGACAAUGAGAAGAGAACCCCUUUGCAUGCCGCUGCCUAUCUUGGGGAUGCAGAAAUCAUUGAGCUGCUUAUUUUAUCUGGAGCUAGAGUUAAUGCCAAAGACAGCAAAUGGUUGACACCUUUACACAGAGCAGUCGCAUCGUGUAGUGAGGAAGCAGUUCAGAUACUUUUGAAGCAUUCUGCAGAUGUUAAUGCUCGAGAUAAAAAUUGGCAGACCCCUUUACACAUAGCUGCUGCUAAUAAAGCUGUAAAGUGUGCUGAAUCUUUGGUACCUCUUCUGAGCAAUGUGAACGUGUCGGACCGAGCAGGAAGAACUGCAUUACAUCAUGCAGCUUUCAGUGGGCAUGGUGAGAUGGUCAAACUACUCUUGUCCAGAGGUGCCAAUAUAAAUGCUUUUGACAAGAAAGAUAGGCGCGCAAUCCAUUGGGCAGCAUAUAUGGGUCACAUUGAAGUAGUGAAAUUACUUGUAUCUCAUGGAGCUGAAGUGACGUGUAAGGAUAAGAAGUCUUACACACCUCUUCAUGCAGCAGCCUCUAGUGGAAUGAUCAGUGUAGUCAAGUACCUUCUAGAUCUUGGAGUUGAUAUGAAUGAACCAAAUGCCUAUGGAAACACAGCUCUUCAUGUGGCCUGUUACAAUGGACAAGAUGUUGUUGUGAAUGAGCUCAUAGACUGUGGUGCUAAUGUCAAUCAGAAGAAUGAGAAAGGGUUCACUCCUUUGCACUUUGCUGCUGCAUCAACACAUGGAGCACUGUGUUUAGAACUUCUGGUUGGCAAUGGAGCUGAUGUCAAUAUGAAGAGUAAAGAUGGGAAAACCCCACUACAUAUGACUGCCCUCCACGGUAGAUUCUCCAGAUCACAAACCAUUAUCCAGAGUGGAGCUGUAAUAGACUCUGAAGAUAAGAAUGGGAACACCCCUUUGCAUAUAGCAGCCCGGUAUGGCCAUGAGCUUCUAAUCAACACUCUAAUUACAAGUGGUGCUGACACUGCAAAGCGUGGUAUACAUGGAAUGUUCCCACUCCAUUUGGCAGCCUUAAGUGGUUUUUCAGAUUGCUGCAGGAAACUCCUUUCUUCAGGAUUUGACAUAGACACCCCAGAUGAUUUUGGCAGAACCUGUCUACACGCAGCUGCAGCUGGAGGAAAUUUGGAGUGCCUAAACCUUCUGCUGAAUACUGGUGCAGACUUCAACAAAAAGGAUAAAUUUGGAAGAUCUCCACUGCACUAUGCUGCUGCCAACUGCAAUUACCAGUGCCUGUUUGCUCUUGUGGGAUCAGGAGCAAGUGUGAAUGACCUUGAUGAGAGAGGCUGCACACCCCUGCACUAUGCAGCUACAUCUGAUACAGACGGCAAGUGCCUGGAAUACUUACUAAGAAAUGAUGCCAACCCAGGGAUCCGGGACAAACAAGGCUAUAAUGCAGUUCACUACUCAGCUGCAUAUGGUCACCGUCUGUGUCUUCAACUGAUUGCAAGUGAAACUCCUUUAGAUGUUUUAAUGGAAACCUCGGGAACAGACAUGUUGAGUGAUUCAGAUAAUAGAGCAACAAUAAGCCCUUUACAUUUGGCUGCUUAUCAUGGUCACCAUCAAGCCCUGGAAGUGUUGGUACAGUCUUUGUUAGAUCUUGAUGUAAGAAAUAGUAGUGGUAGAACACCCUUAGAUCUUGCAGCCUUUAAGGGCCAUGUUGAAUGUGUGGAUGUACUCAUUAAUCAGGGAGCUUCAAUCCUCGUAAAAGAUUACGUUUUGAAGAGAACACCUAUCCAUGCAGCAGCAACAAAUGGUCAUUCGGAAUGCUUACGGUUAUUAAUAGGAAAUGCAGAGCCACAGAAUGCAGUAGAUAUUCAAGAUGGAAAUGGACAGACACCUCUUAUGCUGUCGGUUCUCAAUGGGCACACGGACUGUGUAUACUCACUACUGAACAAAGGAGCAAAUGUAGAUGCCAAAGACAAGUGGGGAAGGACAGCGUUGCACAGAGGGGCAGUGACAGGCCAUGAAGAGUGUGUAGACGCAUUACUUCAACAUGGUGCUAAGUGCUUACUACGGGACAGCCGGGGUCGGACACCCAUACACUUGUCAGCAGCCUGUGGACACAUUGGAGUUCUUGGAGCCCUUUUGCAGUCAGCAACAUCUGUGGAUGCAAAUCCAGCCAUAGUAGACAAUCAUGGGUAUACAGCACUUCACUGGGCUUGCUACAAUGGUCAUGAGACAUGUGUGGAGCUACUUUUAGAACAGGAUGUUUUCCAGAAAAUAGAUGGAAAUGCUUUCAGCCCCCUGCAUUGUGCCGUGAUCAACGACAAUGAAGGUGCUGCUGAGAUGCUGAUUGACACCUUAGGAGCCGGCAUUGUGAAUGCCACAGAUGCAAAGGGAAGAACUCCUCUCCACGCCGCUGCCUUCACAGACCAUGUGGAGUGUUUACAACUGCUGCUCAGCCAGAAUGCUCAGGUCAAUUCUGCAGACUCUACCGGAAAAACACCUCUCAUGAUGGCUGCAGAAAACGGACAAACCAAUACAGUUGAGAUGCUGGUUAGCAGUGCUAGUGCAGAUCUGACAUUACAAGAUAAGAGUAAAAACACCGCCCUUCAUUUGGCUUGUGGCAAGGGUCAUGAAACUAGUGCCUUGUUAAUUCUGGAAAAGAUAACAGAUAGAAACCUCAUCAAUGCAACCAACGCAGCCUUGCAAACACCUCUGCAUGUUGCUGCCCGAAAUGGGCUCACAAUGGUUGUUCAAGAGCUCCUGGGGAAAGGAGCAAGUGUGCUUGCUGUUGAUGAGAAUGGCUACACCCCAGCUUUGGCCUGUGCUCCCAAUAAGGAUGUGGCUGACUGCCUGGCUCUCAUUUUGGCCACCAUGAUGCCUGUCUCGUCCAGUAGCCCAUUGACAUCCCUGACAUUCAAUGCCAUUAACCGUUAUACCAACACCUCAAAAACAGUUAGCUUUGAAGCCUUGCCUAUCAUGAGGAAUGAAGCCAGCUCCUACUGCAGUUUUAACAACAUUGGUGGGGAGCAGGAGUACUUGUACACCGACGUGGAUGAGCUCAACGACUCUGACUCCGAGACCUACUGAAAGGCCGAGUGAGCUGCAGCUCUAAGGAAGUUCUGGCACUGAAACUUCAAAUCGGGCUUUUUCGGGAAAAAGGCACUUUCUUAUCACACACAGAUUCAACCUGAAGAAAGAUCAUGCAGUGAGCGAAUGGAAGAAACAUGACGACAUUAGGAAGAAGAGUCUUAAAGGCAAGUUUUGCAAAAGGAACUUCUAGAAUCUUAAUAAUGACUUGACCAGUGGAAAGCACGGUGAUGUCGAUUGCUUUGUGGGAUCCUUUAAUUGGCUUUGCAGUGCCAGAAAUUGGGACACUGCUCCCUGACCUGCUUACAUGGGCAACACUGCUGUAAAGAAAGAGAUCGAAACACUAGAUUAAAUUUUACCCAUAAAAUUACAGCUAAAUUUUAAUGCAAUAAAAGUUUGGUAUAAUAGGCAUUAUGUACACAUCAAAUUGCCAAGGACCAAAUAACAUACAGAUUUUUUUAUUAGAACUCCAUUUUGUGGAAACGGAAAUAGAUGAAAUGAGAAGUCAGCUAAAGCAAACUUCAGUGCUUCUGAAAGUGAAGCCAGAUUUGGUUUGGUGUUGAUUUUUAUAAAGAAAGUGUCUCCCGGUACUGUAUUAAGCCAUGAGAGAGGAAGCAGAUGUAUUUUUACAUUUUUUAAUAUAAAAGUUUUUAGAUUCCACUUUUUAUAGACUUCAGAACCAGUUAACUGGGUGCAGCGUGGUUGAAAGUACUAGAGACAGACAGAGAUGAAGUCAGGGCUGUUGCCCACAAUUGAGUGGUUUGCUUUUAAAUUGAAUUGUUUUUUUUUUAAGGAAUUCCGUAGAGGAAAUUUUUAAUGAAUUUAAAAAACAGACUAUUUCACCUCUUGUAAUGCAGCGGUCCUGGAGAAAGGGACAUCUGAGCCUCUCUGUGCGCGGCACACCUGCAUCACAUUAGUUACUUUGGGACCUCUCUUUUUUGGCUGGAGGAAUUCGAUUGUCAUUUAUUUUAAUCUUUGAACUUUAAAAACAAGAAUCAAAAUUUUAAAAAGUUUGAAGACUCUUGUUAUGAAACAAUGUCGAAAGCUGGCUUUGAAUUCUAUACAAACUGGGAUUGUAAAUGUUUUAUGUAAAAGAAAAUACCUAAAAAUGUAUCUGCUUCUUCCUCUCAUGCGCCCUCACAGUACUGGAAGGCUCUUGAAUGCAUCCUUUCUUUUGUUGUUGUUGUUGUUGUAGUCGUUUGUUGUUUUAAGACAGGGUUCUCUAUGUGUAGCCCUGGUUGUACUAGAAUUUGCUUUGUAGACCAGGCUGGCCUUGAUCUCACAGAGAUUCACCUGUCUCUGCUUCCUAAGUGCUGGGAUUAAAGGUGUGCACCACCAAUGCCUGGCUUCAGAUGUUUUCUUUAUAAAAAUCAACAUCAAACCAUUUGGCUUCCUUUUCAGAAGCAUUGGAGUUUGCUUUAGCUGAUGAUUCAUAACAUAAGCAGAAUCAGGUUAUUUGGAAGGCAUUUCUGUAUUGGGCAAGAUUUAAAAUACUUCAGGCUUUAGGUCCUCCUGAGAUCUAGAGUAGCGGGUGUUCAGCUUCUUACUGUCAGAGAGAUUGCCUUUCAGGUAACAGAGAAGAGGCUGACAUUAGGCUAAUUUUAAAUUACACUUUUCUGUGGUUCUUUUAUUGUAACUGUCACUUUCCCAGUAACAAUGAUUUUACAUUGGGGGGAGGGGUCUUAAUAGAGCUGGGUAAAGUUCCAUACAUUGCAACAAAAUGAUACCCAAUUUCAUCUUACCCUUUUUGUAUUGUGAAACUGGAACUUUAUGACAUUGUAAAUUAUCAGCUGGUUUUUCUGAAUAUAAAGUGUGAAAACACAGAACAGUAUUUUGAUCUAUUUGAUAAUUUUGUGGGUUUUUUGAAGAAUUAAUGAGCAUGUACAUAGAAAUAGUGACUGCUUGAAUCCUGUAUUUACUUGCACUCUUUCAGUACAUCAAGAUUCCUGUAUAUUUUAGAGUAUAAUAAAACACAGACGUGAGCUGUAUUUAAUGAA